AUGAGUCAUUUCAACACUGCAAUAGGAGAUGGGAUGUCACAUCUCAAGAAAGAAGAUUUGAAUGUCUUGUUAAGGCAGUGCGUGAGGGAUCUAACUCCACAAGUUGAUGAGAUGCAUAUGCGUGUAUGUAGCAUGAAACUGUUUUCAGAGAAUGCAACCAAAUUUAACGUUCCUGCAGCAUCCACAUGCGCAACAGAAGAUGAUAUACAGAAUCUUCUGUCUAACCCUGAUAUUGUCAAGAAAUUAACGUCCCAGUAUUCUAAUGUUCUUCUUCAUGAGCUUGAUAAUAUGCAGCAGCAAGUUGAGAACAUUCUUGACAAUGUAGUGGCUACUUGCAGACCGAUGAGUCUAGAGGAAAAGAGAGAUCUUAAGAAAGCAAUCAUGGAGUUACCUGGGGGAAACCGCGACCGUGUUGCUGGAAUAGUAGAAGAACAUUGCAGAACAUCUGGGAAGGAUUUUUCAGACGAGAUUAUAGCCAACUUGGAUCAGUUGGAGGACAAUAUAAUGCUAUGGAGAUUGCAUUUCUAUGUUGGAGCAGUCAAGAAUGCUCAGGAGCUGGCUAGCUAG